AUGAAAGGAUUCAAGGUUUUUCUAAUCCUUGCCGUGCUCAUAGCUUCAGCCAUCACUACUCUCUCCGCAAUACCAGACGAAGAAGAAUCCUUCUUCAACGAGGAAAACAAUACUGAUGCAAAGGACGAAACCAAGAACCAGUUUGGAAAAAGCACUUCCCUAAGAAGCCGCUUGCUUGCCUACGGGCCGCCUGCCACAACUUGCGACAAAAACCCUAAGGUUUGUCAGGCGUCGGGCAGCGCAGGGCCGGAUUGCUGCAACAAGAAAUGCGUGGACACAAACACAGACAGAGCAAACUGCGGCAAGUGUGGGAGGAAAUGCAAUUACUCAGAGAUUUGCUGCGAAGGAAAGUGUGUGAAUCCGAACUCGGACAACGAAAACUGCGGCAGCUGCAACAACACGUGCAAGAAAGGCACUUCAUGUGCGUAUGGAAUGUGUAGCUAUGCAUGA